CAUCUUUGCAAUUUCUGUGAGGAUUCUACCCUCGCUUUCCCUUGUUAUUUAACGUUUAAAUGGAACGAAUUUCACCAAUUGCUGAGAUGUAAAAUGUCACCUUUGUAGCCGUACACAAGGUUUAAUUGACAGAACUUGAUUGUGCAUCGUCAGUAUGUCGUACCCACCGCCGGGGAAUCCCUUCAUGCCGAGGCCAGGAAUGCCCCGUGGCGUCAACCAAAAUCAAUUCCAACAGUUUGGAGGCAUGCAACCUGGAAUGGCAAUGAAUAUGCAGAUGGGCCUCUUGCCACAGCCCCCAAUCUCCAAGAUGCAGAUGCAUCCGGGCAUGAGACCCAACAUGCAAAGACCUCCAAUGGCAGGACACAGAUUCCAGGGCUUUAUGCAACCCAACCCACGCCAAGGCUUCAAUCCGAACGACAUGACACAGCAACAGCAGCAGCAGCAGCAACAACAACCACAGCAGCAGCAACAGCAGCAGCAGCAGCAGGAUGAUUCGACACCUGGGGGUGACCCUGAGGCCAACGGCGACAAACCUAAAACAACUGUGUUUGUUGGGAACAUUUCAGACAGGGCUCCAGAUGCUCUCAUCCGUUCCAUGCUAUCGAAAUGUGGCUCCUUUUCAAGUUGGAAGAGAGUUCAGGGUGCGUCUGGCAAGCUGCAGGCUUUUGGGUUCUGUGAGUAUGUAGCACCUGAGGCUAGCCUUAGAGCCAUCAGACUGUUACACGACUUGGAAUUAGGAGACAAGAAAUUACUGGUAAAAGUAGACGCUAAAACACGAGUGUUACUGGACGAGUAUCUAGCAGACAAAGGACAGAGCUCUGAGGAUCUAGAUGACGAGACCCAAGGCGAAGACUCCAAUGUCAAAGGUCAAGUUGAUCGACUCAUCAUCGACUACAAACAUGCACUCACCAAGCCACAAGAUGAAUCGUCCCAGUCACAGCAGCAGCAGCAGUCGCGAAGAGACACCGAUCAAAGGGACUCAAAGGAACCUAAGAAGACUAGUAAGAAGGAGAAUAUUCAGGAUCUGAAUAACAUUGAGGAAGACAAACGUCACAUCAUCAGUCGUGAGAUCGAUCGCUUCAGAGAUACUUACAAGGCUGCUGAAGACAGAGAGAAAGAGCGACUGGCAAAGGAGCAGCGACAGAAAGACCGUGAGUCCAGACGCGAUAAAGACAAAGACAGGGUCCGCGACAAGUCCCGCGAUAAGUCCAGGGAACGUGAUAAGGAGCGGGAGAGAGAGCGCGAUAAGGAGCGGGAACGGGAACGAGAGCGACGGGAUCGCGACAGGAGGGACGCCCUCAAGGAGAAGGAGAGGGAGGAAAAACGAGAUAGGGAUCGGAGACAAGAACGAGAUAGGGAACGCGAAAAGGAGAGAGACCGGGAAAAGGAGCGCGAGAGGGAGCGUGACAGAGGUCGAUCCCGCGAACGAGAGAGUCGGGGAGACCGCGACCGGAGUGACCGCGACCGGGAACAUGACAGGGACAGGUUCGAUGAAGAGGAGGAGUUCGAGAGAAGAAAGCUGGAGAGGAAGCUUCGAGAGAAGGAAGAAGCCUAUCAGCAGAGACUGAAAGCACGCGAAGCGCGUGAACGCAAACGCAGCCGGGAGUACGAGAAGCUGCGAGAGAAACAGGACAUGGAAAGGUCCGAGAUGGAGAGGGAAGCCAAGAGGUUGCGAGAGUUCCUUGAGGACUAUGAUGAUGAGAGAGAUGACCCCAAAUACUAUAUGGGGAGUGCCUUGGAGAGAAGGCGCAAAGAGAGGGAAAAGGAGAUCGAUGGCGAUAAUCGAGACCGGAGACGGGAACGAGAGGAAUUGGAAGAAAUCAAACGUAAACUUCUGGAGGAGGGACACGACAAUGUGGAAGAAGAAAUGGAAAAGCUUGAGCAAGAGAGAGAGAAGCACAGGUUACCCCAGCUGGCACUGAUUCCAAUCAAGGAGGAUAAACCCAAACUAGAGCCAACGAUGAAGCCAUUGGAUGGUGUGGAAGAAGCUCACCAAGAACCCAUUGUGCAGCAAGCAGCAGCAAUCAGACAAGGUCCCCGCACCCCAGAGUCAUCUUCAGAUGGUAGCCCUGAACCUCUAUCAAUGAACUCUGCAGAAGAAGGGGAGUCUCAGAAGGAGCAACACAAGCCCAGGAUUAGCUUCGGCGGUCUCAAGCUAGUGGGGGCCAACGACCCGCAGCUCUCCGCUGCCGCUAAACGCAAGAAGCUGAGUAUCGUCGAAGCCUUCAACCAGGACGAGGACCCGACAGACCUCGACAAGAAGAGACGGAAACUUGUCCCUAUCGACUACUCGGAGGAAGAGAUGAAGGCCGUCGGUCAGUCUCAGGCCAUCGCCUCGGCCGCCGAGGAGAAGAGGAAGACCAUCAAGAAUCUGAUUGAGAAGAUCCCAACGGCGAAGGAGGAGCUUUUCAGAUAUAAAGUGGACUGGCCGGUCGUUGAUGAGUCAUUAAUGGAGAGACGAAUCAAGCCUUGGAUUAACAAGAAGAUAGUAGAGUACAUCGGUGAGGAGGAGGCGACACUGACGGAAUUCAUCUGCUCCAAGCUCCUGGCUCACAGCUCAGCAGAGAGCAUCUUAAGUGACAUCACUAUGGUUCUUGACGAAGAAGCAGAAGUUUUCGUUGUCAAGAUGUGGCGGUUGCUCAUCUAUGAAGUCGAGGCCAAGAAGCACGGCUUGGUCAAAUGACAACCAACCAGCUCCGAUUAGUACCUAUACAAUUAAGCCACAACAAAAAUGGCUAACUGGUGGCGACAUCGGAGCUAUCAAUUUUUAACACGUGGGUACAAUAUGAAGGAUACACAGCCUUGUAGGUGACCGCCUUGAACCUUAAACAUUGAGAGAUUGCUGUACAUUUCAUACAAGUACAUAAUGAAUUUGAGGCUGGUCACAUUAUGAAGGUUGGUUGCCACGGCAAGAGGUCGGACUGAGAUUUUUAUUGGUGAGAUGCAGUCUCGAAAGAAACUCCUUGAACUUUUAGAUAAACCAUAUAAAUUGUUACCUGUAGUGCACAGCCACAAUCAUGGUACACUUUUUGUUACAAAGACACUGAAUGAGCAACAGAUAAAUACUGAGUAACUCUAUGCAGAUCUUGUAUUCGAAAAACUCAAUCACUUUUUGUUCAUCAUUGACACAGCGAUCGUUGAUUGAUAUAUGAAUAACAAUGUGAUAACUGCUACAUGAGUGGUUUUCAAACUGUUCGUAAAAUCAACAAAAAAUCAAUGUGCACCCAUUAUUGUGGCUGCCCACUGUAGGAUAAGAGCACAUUGGCCAACAGAGAGUGCAACUCUCACAUCACUUUUUUGUCCUUAUUCAUGAAAAAACUUUUGUGACAAUUCUAUCAUGGUUUUUAAGUCGUAGCUUAGAAGAUCUUUCAACAGCCAAAGAUUGAAAUGUAAAAGUGUUUAAUUAUGGUUUUCUGAAGACCCCCCCCUCUCCCCCACCACCCGGACUCAAAUUUAGGGGGUUAACCCACAAGACUGCCAGGUUUCUAGUGUAAAAUGUUUACUUGAACGGAAUUUAUUUUACAAGGCAAGAAUUAAUGAUAAAAAACCUCGAACGCAGUUUAGCAUAUGUCAACUUUCUCUAUAGUAAAUAAUAAUAAUAAUAAUAAGACUUGUAAUGCGCACAUAUCCACCCUGCUGGGUGUUCAAGGCGCAGAAUA